AUGAAAGUUCAGAGUACGGACAUUACAUCAUCAGCUAGGUUAGCCACUUUUUCUCGAUUUUGUGAAGGUGAUGAAUUAUGUGAUGAGACGGUUGCCCUUCUUACACUGUCUGAGCAUACUACGGGGGCUGAAAUAUGUAAAGCAACAGUGAACGAAUUGUCUUCUCAACAAAUUGACAUUUCAAAAGUAGUAUCCGUCACAACAGAUGGUGCCCCCAGCAUGACUUGUGAGAAGGUAGGAUUUAUAAACCCGUUUGCAAAAGAAGUUGGUCACACACUGAUAGGUUUUCAUUGCAUCUUACAUGAGGAGGUUUUAUGUGCAAAAGCUGGCCUGAAGGAACUUCAGGAAGUGAUGCAAACUGUUACCAAGGUUGUUAAUUACAUUUCUGCUCAGGCUUUGAAUGAGAGACAAUGUCAAGUUUUACUGAAUGAGGGUUCCAGUAUGACACCUGAUGUUAUGUUUGGUUACAUAAAGGCUUUUGAAAUGAAACUAGACGUUUUUAAGAAGGAUGUGGACAAUGAGAGAUUUAGAUACUUCCCAAACCUAAAGAGGUACAUCAAUGAUCUCUCAAAAGAUGACAGAACAUUAUCAAGUCAACUGUUGAGCAGUAUUUUACAAGCACUAACAUAUGCCUGUGAAUCCCUGUUCUCAGUGAUGAACUUUGUUAAGUCUUGUAAUAGGAGUAACCUGACGGAUGAAACUAGUAGUACAUGCAUAUCUCUGAAGGUUAUGAAAUAUAAACCCGAUACAAAAUCUCUGUCAUCAGUGAUGCAGCAGCAGAAGUCCCACUGA